AUGGACCCAACUCAACAAGACCGUGGGCGUGGUGAAACAUCAAGAAUGUCGAGCGGUGUCCGCGAGUCUUGGAUCUUAGUCAACGAAGCCUUGGAACUUUCUCACGCCAUGGGAGAGUUAAAAAUCUACUCUGACAAAGAGUUUGAAUCCGCUAAAGAGAGGUUUAAAGAUGUUUGUAAGAGAGCAACCAAUGCUUUCUGCAAUGCGGCAUUAAACAUUAACGAUAAAAUCUUCGCCGCCAAUCUACGUGUUGUUUCUGAGAUACUGGAAUGCCUCGAUAGUCUUCAAACCGCCAUCACAGGGUGUCUGUCGUUUCUUCAAGAUCUGCAUAUAGCUUACCAGCUAUCCGUGGGAUGUUCUCCGUUUAUCUCAAUGGCGGUGUCAAGUCGUUGUUGGGUAAAGCAGAACGAGCAGAGAACGUAA